UAUGCGUUUCCCUUUAACAUAUACAUAUAAGGCACUGAUUUAUUUUUAGUCCAUUUCGUGCCUCUACAUUUGCAAUACAAAGAACGUUACAAAAUGACAUUUGAAAUAAGUGGAAAAGUAGCAAUAAUCACAGGUGCAUCUGGAGGAAUCGGAGCAGCUGUAACAAAACAACUGCUUAAAAAUAAUGUAAAGGGUGUCACAUUGAUAGAUGUAAAUAUCGAAAAAGGAAACGAAUUAAUUGAAGAAAUCGAGAACGAAUUUGGACCAAAUAAAGCUAUAUUCAUGAAAGUGGAUGUUGCUGAUUUACAGGAGUUUGAAAGUGCUUUUAAAGCUACCCUUGAUAAAUUUGGAAAUGUGGACAUCUUAUUUAAUAAUGCAGGUAUCCUAAAUGAUAAGCAAUGGCAGAAAAUGGUUCCUGUGAAUUUUAAUGGUGUUGUUAAUGGUAUGCUUCUGGGACUCGAUAACUACAUUAAAAAUCAUAAAACUGGAUCAGAAGGGGUUAUUGUCAAUACCUCUUCUAUAGCAGGCGUGGGCUGUUUUGGGAACAUUCCAAUAUACUCCGGCACCAAGUGGGCUGUCCAUGGAAUGACUAGAGCAUGGGGAGUUCCAUUUCAUUAUGAGAGAACCAAAGUCAAAGUAUUCGCAAUUUGUCCUGGAGCUACAGAUACACCUUUAAUGUAUUCAAUGAAAGAUAAUACAUUAGGGGGUCCCUAUCAAAAGUUAAAUGAAAUUAACAAAGAUGCACAUAUUCAAAGUUCUGAGCAAUGCGCUGAAGGGAUAAUGAAAUUAAUUCAAAAGGCAACUUCUGGAUCUGUUUGGGUCAUUAAAGAUGGUAAAGAUCCUUACGAAUUUCUGGAUCCUGAAAUGAUUAACCCACCAUGUUAGUAGCUUAAUUAGGCAAUUGUAAACAAUUUUAAAUGUAGAAGGGAUAUAGUGGAAUAGUGUUAUUUCAUAUAUAGUAAUAUAGUCAACGUAAUUGGCCGAAUAUGUUAUUUAGAAAAACAAACUAAAUCCACAUUAGUUUUAUUCAUUUAAAUUUAUAAAAGUAUAAUAAAUAUAACCUGUCGCCAAAA